ACUCAGCUUAGGCUCCGUCAAGUCAACUUAAUUACCCAUCUUCCUCUGGGUAGCUUCAUUUAUAUGUACACCUGCAACUAGCUAGCAAGGAGAACUUCAUCUGCUUCCUCUCUUCGCUGCAAGGAUCCCUCAAGUGCUCCUCUCAAUUGGUCCUCACAAAUCAUCAGGAAUGGCCAGCGGAAGUACCCAAGAGAGCAAGCAGCCAAGCCCCGAACUACCGUCGGAACUACCAUAUGACUUUUUGAAGAACAUUACGGAUGACUUCUCGGAUAAGCACAUACUUGGUGUAAGUCCAUUUGGAACGCUUUAUAAGGGAACAGUGCCAGAAGGAGGAAAAGUGAUUGCCGUGAAGAAACUUCAGGAAAACGCACCAAUACUGGCUGGCAAGACAUUCAAUACAGUGGUUCAGAACGUUAUGGCGCUAAAGCAUAUUAACAUAGUAGAGCUGAUCGGAUUCUGCAGUGAAGCACAGAAAAAAUUGGUGCAGUUCAAUGGAAGAUAUAUUCAUGCAGACAUUACUGAAAGUUUACUCUGCUACGAGUAUUUACCUAAUGGGAGCCUAAACCAGAAUCUUUUUGGGACCAAAGAAGGCGAGUCUGUCUCUUCACCUGGACCCUGUAUCGACUGGGGCACGCGGUUCAAAAUAAUCAACGGGAUUUGCCAGGGUUUAUGUUUUCUGCACAACUUGGAUAUUCCCCUUAUCCACAUGAAUCUAAAGCCUGAAAAUAUACUGUUGGAUGAAAACAUGAUACCGAAGAUUGCUGAUUUUGCAAUGUCGAGAGUCUUUGGUGAACAGCAAACCCGAUUGUGCACACAAAAAGUCGUGGGAUCGUAUGGGUACAUGGCUCCAGAAUACUUAUACAGAGGUGAAAUCUCCGCCCAAUCGGACAUAUAUAGUUUAGGCUUGCUGAUAAUCGAGAUCACCACAAGAGAGCAGAAUUGUCCCGAAGACAAUCAGCCAUCCGCAAGAAAAUUUAUUGAAAAAGUACGCAAAGAUUGGACAAUGCAGCACAUAGCGUCCAUGUAUGGGUCGUUAGAUGCAGAAUGCCUGCGGCAGAUAAAAGCAUGCAUUGAUAUUGGGCUGACUUGUGUUGAGAUAGAUCGGAGGCGCAGACCUUCCAUACUCGAAAUUGUUGAGAAGCUAUCAUUUGGUUCCAGCCGAACGUCAGAUGAGGUCUCUCGUGUGUCUUCAUCGAGCAGCAAGCCUAGGUUCACUUCAGGCCACAAGAAGAAAUAAAUGUACUCUAUUGUUGCUAGAACAUCAUUAUUCUAUUUUGGAAGACCCUUUGAUGUCAUGUUAGUGUAUAUGGAAACAUUUAAAUAAUGUUAUUUCAUUUUUUAUAAUACAAUGCUGCAACUGUUUUCCAUGUUA